AUUUAUUUUGGACAAAGAGUUGUCAGAAAUUAACGAAAGCGUAAUUAAAAGUUAUUGUUUUUAUUGAUGGUAUAUCUGUUUUGUAUUUAAUAACACUAUGUUAACUUUGGAAGUCGUACCUGAACGUUCUUUGGGCUGUGAACAAUGGGAAUUUAUACUUGGAAUGCAUUUUUCACAAGCUGUUGCCAUUAUCCAAUCUCAAGUUGGAAUCAUCAAAGGUGUUCAAGUUCUUUACAGCGAUUUGAAGCCUCUACAAGCUGAUUUAGUUAUUAAUCUGCCACACGAUGGGAUAAGACUGUUUUUCGAUCCCGUUUCUCAGAGACUCAAAAUCAUUGAAAUAUACGCAAUGAAAUCCGUUAAACUAAAAUACUGUGGUUUAGAAUUCAAUUCGCCCGAAAUACUACCUUCAAUCGAACAAAUCGAACAUUCCUUCGGGGCGACCCACCCGGGCGUCUACGAUUCCGAGAAACAAUUGUUCAUGUUGAAUUUUCGCGGUCUUUCGUUCUACUUCCCGGUCGAAUCGAAAUUCCAAUGUGGUAGUACCCACAAUUUAGGUUCGCUUCAAUUCCCAGCCGGCAAUUCUCCUCUCGUAUCGAGAUUGGCCAUUUACUGCGGAUCCAGCGUGGACCAGUCCCACGCGCCAGAAUUACCUCUUACUUGCUAUCAUGGCCAGUUAUACCUCCAGAAAGCCACUGUGCUUCGGGGACGCUCUCAUACCAAGGGUUUAAAGUUACAUUUAAUGGCAGGAAUGUUACUUCCGUGGCCGAAACGAGGCACGAAUAAUCGAUUGAUCGAUUCGGUGAGGCAGGAAUUCGAAAGGGAGCUGCUGCUCGGCCAAUCGGCACAAGAAGUAUCCACCGUUCUGGGGGCCCCUUCCAAGGUCUUCUACAAAAGCGAGGACAAAAUGAGGAUACACAGUCCGAAUGCACAUCGCAAAAUCACUGCCAUUAGGAGUGACUACUUCUUCAAUUACUUCACCUUGGGCUUAGACGUCCUGUUCGACGCCAACACGAAUACGGCGAAGAAAAUCGUGCUGCACACCAACUACCCGGGUCACUAUAACUUCAACAUGUACAUGCGGUGCGAGUUCGAGCUCGUUCUCAAGGACGUGGACAUCAACGCCUACACCCAUUGGAACGAUAUCUGCGCCAAAUUAACCCCCAGCGAACGGCCCGUGGUCUUGAACCGAGCCAGUUCGACCAACACCACGAAUCCAUUCGGCAGCACCCUCUGUUACGGCUAUCAGGACAUUAUCUUCGAAGUGAUGCCGAACCACUACAUAGCUUCCCUGACGAUGUACGGUGAUGGGUUCCCGUUCGAAAAGGGGAGCGAUGACGCGUGACAGAGGCUCUCCGCCACUUACCUCGUGCUCACCAACAGGUACUGGCAUCCCCAUCCCGUUUAUAACGUUGCAAAAGCUUAACAAAAAAAAAUAAUAAUAAUAAACGCCCACUCCCCGCGUUGCUCGUCUCGAUUCGGAUAUAGAACAUGUAGCUUGGAUAAUUUGUAGGGCGGAGAGUGCGUCCUGAAAAAGCAAAAAAAAAUUAUGAGACUUGGGUUAGUUGUAAUUGUAUGUGAUUAUUUUUUGUAUAUAUUUUAGUUUAAUUUUUUUAACGUUGUAAGAUUGAGCGUUGCGGAUUUUUGCGGCGAAUUUGUCUGCGUAGGAAUUCGAAGAAAUUUAAUUUGUUUUAAAGUUGCUUCUCGGUGGGAUAAAUUCGUUGGAUUGAUCCGAUGCUCGUUAGUUAUUUUUGUUUCAUUUUAGAAAAUGUUGGUACCUGCAGGCCCGAUUAUCUGUUUGUUCUUGAACAAUAUUCUUGGUUUGUUCUAGUCACUUAUUGAAAUUUUCGUUCGUUUAAAAAACAUCAUUGUGUCAUAUAUUUAAUUGUUUUUUUUGUGUUAACGCCAUAAAGUAAUGACGCAGGUACAUUAAUCUCACGUUAGAAUUGCUUUUAUUUGAGAUGAAUAAUUUAAUUUUUUUGUAAAUAUAAAAAUAUUACUUUAAAUGGUAAAAAUACGUUCGUAGGAUUCGCCGGUUCCAAGUCAGUUGAUGGUUAAUAUAUUAAUAUAGUUUAACUAUUUAAUAUUAUUAAAUAAUUAAUAUUUAUUUGUAUUGACUGACAAGUGGGGUUUCGUUUCUGAUUUUUACGCGGUAAAUUUGAAAUACCUUCAGAGGUUUUGUUGGGUUUUGAAUGAAAUUCGUUUAGUAACAAAUUGACGAGAAAUUGAGCGUCAAUUAAAUAAUAGCUAAUUUAUUUUAUACGUAUUAAUAAACCGGUGUAAUUAAAUUAGUAUAGAUACGAUUUUUUUUAAUUUAAUGGUUGGCAUUAAAUGCCUCAUUGUAAUAUAGUUUUGAAAAAAGUAAAUACCAAAAAAAUAUAUAAAGAAUUAUUGCACUGAAAAAUAUACAAAAAAUGAAUGCAAAGUAUGUUUUAAACAUGUAUUGUUGUCAUCUGGCUUGGUUAACCGCGGAAUUGAUAAUUUAUUUAACGAAAAAAUCAUUGUAGAUUUUAAUAUUAUACUCACCGUGGCAAUUAAUCAGUAUUUUUACUAAAUUCAAUUUCGAAAAUUUAUAUCGUACUGUAUCCUUUUCGGAAAGUGUUAUGUAUGCGAAAAAAAUAUAUGAUUGAUUAUUUCAAUUACUUUGUAACUACUUAAUAUUUAUUUUAUUGUCAAAAAAAGGAAUUUUUAUUAUUGUUUAAAACCACGUUUUUAAUAAGCUGGUAUAUAAAUUGUUGCGCAUUUAUAACGCAUAAGUGUUUAUAUUUCAAUUAAGGCAUGUAUUACAUGCACUUUUACCUAUACAUAUAACGUAUAUUACUGUAUCUUUAUAUACUAGCACGUUGUUCAUAACUUUACUUUUUCCCCGAUUAUAAAUUCAAUAUAACUGAUUCCAAUCGCAAUAACAGAUACAUAAUUAGAAGAAAAUAACAUUCUAUUAACAUUCUAGAACAAACAUUUAUUGUUGUAUUUAAAAAUAUUAUCUAGAAUACCAUGUAUCAUUUCACAAUUGAACAUAUUUUUUACGAAAUAAAUAUCUUGC